CGUCGUAUUGGACUCGUUUUCUCAUAAAUAUCUCUCUUCAAUGACUUGUGUAAAUUCAUUGUUGUUGAAUUUUUAAUGACGGAACUACGGUGGUGAUUGCGCGGAAACGUAGUGCAUAAACGUGUGCGUGAUAGCUCGUGUCGGUCGGAGUGGAAGGACAUACGCUGAUGACACGCUAACUAUAAAGUGAUUAUAAAUCAAAAUGAUUCAAGACGAAGAGUAUGAGUUGCUGGUGACGACCCCAGAGCGCAUAGCGGCUCUGGGGUUCAAGCCGCAGAAGGAGGUUCUGACGAACCAUGUGUUGCCUUAUGCGGGGGAGCUGGAUGAGGAGUCUACGAGGUUUCUGCAACAGGUGAAAACGAAUCUCGCGAAGGCUGUGAUGUUACGCGAGAUGAAACCGGCCUGCGGCGUCUGGUCUUCCAGGUUGAUGAAAUACCUAAGGAUAUAUGGGCUCAAGUUCGGGAAAGAAGACCACAUUGCUCUCAUAAAAUUGGCCUUUGAGUUGGUGCUAAUACCAGACUUGGAGCCAUGCAAAAUACACAAGUUUGCUACCCUGUUCAUCAUGCUUACAAAGAAAAAGCACUUGGUGUCUCCCGAGGAGCUUACGCUUCAAUGGCGUCCACUCUACGAUGUAGGCAAGAAGAUUUUCGCCAAGAACGCCACUAGUAUUGGCCUCUACCAUUACCUCACGCCCAACCGUGGCACUGGAGGCGGUAUGCUCGAUAUGAUACGCAAGUUCAUAUCAGGGAACGGGCUGGAUGACGCCCUGAACAUGUUCGGAAUGGCCCUGCCUGGAGAUGAGAUGCCUACAUCUUUGGAAGGAUCUUACAUGUCCAUGGUGAAAUGCGCAAGAAAAUACUUCGAACUAAGCGCCACCAAAGAAAUGCUCGAAGAAUUCCUACCCCAAAUCCACCCAUGGUCCACGGAUACCCACAUGAUGGGUCAAAUGACUGGGUUCCUACCCGUGGGACUGUACCCUAAAGAUGCGGCAUAUGGACAUGAACUGUGGUUCGACAAACUAAUGGCCUUAUGGGAUACAUGCUACAACUCGCCUUGUGGGAUUUCGGACCUAAUGACCCUAUUCUCCGGGCUAGCCAAAAAGAACCCCGGCACAGUAGACUGGAGCCCCUACGUGCCCAAAAUGUUCACCAGAUUCCUGCACGCGCUCAACCUGCCCGUCAACUAUAAGGAUAUGCAGUAUUCCAAGAACCAUUCGCUUGACACCAAAGACAUGGCGUCCUGGAUCGUAUGGACCAUUAAUCCGGACGGGCUGACGCUGAAGCAUCUCCGUUGCUUCGUGGGCGCGGUGGAGAGUUACUUGCACAGCGCUAAUGCAGGUCGUUGGUCGUAUCGACUUAGAGAUCUGCUUAGGAAGCUCGCUAGGGAGUUUUUGAACAGAGUCCGUCGCGAACGCGAAAAGCGCUACAAAAACAGCUGGGAGAACAAAACUCCAGAAGCGUACAAACUGCGCGACGAAGACAUCACAGAAUUCGUCAACAUCACCCUAGAACCGACCCUCCAAGCCGUCUACAGCCGCUCCGGUUCCUUAGACAUCUCCAUCGCUUUGCAAAACCUAGCCACACUGCGACCCGCUGUCGUAGUACCUCCCCUACUUGAAAGACUAAGGACUUCACUAACUUCCCUAACAGAACCUCACAGGGUCACCGCUGCUAUGUCCGCGGUAGCUGCCGUGGCUAGACCCAUGCUCCAAGGCGCCAAUGGAGACUACCCUGAAGGCCCGACACAUGUUGUACCUUUACUACUAGCUGUUUUACCUGGCUUAGACCCUAAUGAUAUCAAAAAGACUCUAGUGACCUUGCACUUCAUACUGAUCUUCAGUUGGAUGGUCCCGUAUAUAGAUUGCAGCUCCGCCCAUGAACACUGGCCUGAUUUGACCGAAGAGGAGUUACUUACUUGCGAAUCAACAGCUCAGUUCGAGGAUUUCGUACUAGUCUUCCUUGAUAGAUUGUUCACGAUUAUAGAAUCCAGUGUGAUGGAGCAUGUUCGUUUGGAUACUAAGGAAUCUGACUGCGUUCGCAGUAAAACUGAUGCGGUCAUGGAAACUGCAAUUUCAUCGGCUGCCACAGCUGUUUUGAUGCAAUGCUCACCGAAAAUUUUCAAAGAAGCUUUGAAAAAGUUUAAGGCUUUCGCGAAUGAGUCUACAUAUGAAACAAACGUGUCUGGUAGCAUGAUCGGUGUGUUACUAAAAGUUUUCGCACGCAUCGACUCCGAAUCGACACUAGCCGCGUUCGUGCCAGACUUAUGCGAAGAGUUGAACGAAUUGCUAUCAACAGAGGAAGCCAUUCGAGACGAAAACCCUCAAAGAGACUUGUCAUACAGUUUGGUGUUGCUCAUGAACGUUGUAGAAUGCGAUGGGGUGGUGCUUUUGAAAUACAUUCCGCAGAUAAUUCCAGUGCUGGAUAAAGCGCUGAAACUCCACGCUAAGUACUCUUUAAUCCGUGCCUGUGAGAUCUUAAGUCAUAUAUUUACUUCGUUAUGUUUUGUGGACUUGAAAGAAUGGAGGAGUAGUCCUAAAGACUACGGAUCGGCGCCGCAGACUUGGUUGCCUAUUCGGGAGUGGGGGAGGGGCUGUUUGCUGAAGGAAGCUGAUUUUAAGUGGCACGUGCCUAGUGAGGAAGAGGCUGCGUGUGCGCAGAUGCUUGUUGACAGGUACCUGAAACCGGAACUAGGUCGUCUACGCCAAUGGCUGUCAGGCGAAAGGGAAAUGUGCCGCGAGCGAAGACUGCGUUGUUUCUACGUGAUCAACGCCGUACUCUCCUGCAGCACAUUCCUACCGCCGCCUGAUGAAGAGCCUGUGACCCUCAUGGAAUCUCUCGUGCCAGCCACCAGUCUUCCAUUCACGAACGGUGUGAAGCACACAGUGACCCAGGACGGUGAAAAUCUACGCGUAGCUCUAACAAGGUUACUCUUAGAGGUUCAAGCGCGUAUGCUAGCUGACAAGACCGAUGAUACGCGCGGCUUGGAGAUGCUUAUACAGGUUUGGGAGCGAACAGUCGUGAUGAAGGGGCUUCGCUCGGCCUCGGGACUAGAGGCCCGUCUUCGCUCGUACGGGGCGUUAGAACGGGCGCUGGAUGGCCGCGGUGGCGUGGCUGGUGACGCUCAUGGUGCCGCCAAGUUAAGGACGUUGGUUGCAGACGGGGCCAGAUUGCAAGACGAAGCGCGGCUAGACCUCGUGUGUGACGCUGGCAUCACUCCAUCGGCACUGCAAGCGCUCAACGCGCUGUAUGAACUCUCCAUCAACACUUACAGCUCGGUGCGAAUGCUAGCCCAGCUCCGUUUGUCAUGGAUGUUGUCCCACUACCCGUAUUCGUACCGCGCUCUGGUGCCGAAACUGGCUGAGCUGCUUUACAAAGGAGGCGAGGGUGAUGAGUGGCACGACAGACAUAAAGGCGCUCUCUUCAUAAUGUUGGGACCCCGCACCGGACCGCUAACGGCCAAGCAAGACUGGGAGGUAGUCAAGACGCUUUGGCCCGCCAUACUGAAGGCGCCACUCAGUGAGAAACCUAGUAUAUUACGAUUGGAGCAAGCGUUCAGCGAAACUCUCCACCGCCACUUCCCCACAGUAAACACUCGUCUGGUCAUCUCCCAAUCGGCCAUCGAAGCUGCCAAGAAAUUCUUUACCGAAGCUGAUUUGUCUGAAGACAAGUUGGCCGAUCUGUUGGCCAACGCGGAAGCUAGGGAGCUGGCGCAUUCAAACAAGAUUGAGAAAACUUAUACGGAGUUGAUAGACGAGCUGGUUGACGUUGCUGAGACUCCUAAUAUCCAAUGGCGUCGUCUCGAGCUAGCCAUGCAAAUGCUGACCUACUGUCCCUCCGUCCAAACCCCCUACACGCCGCGCGCCGUCCGCCUGGCGCUACACUCUUUGUUGCACGACGACAUAGCAGUACGCAGAACGGCGCAGAAGUUGACGCACUUCGCUCUGCAGCAGAGAAAGAAGGAGCUUAAGAAGAUUAAGGUUGAUCCUUAUGAGAUCGCCGGGGUCAAAAAACCUGAGAAAAUUGAGCCAGGUUACAGAAAGGACUUGGAAUGGGCGAUGUGGUCGGAAGACAAGAAGGUUCCGGCGACUGAUGAGGAGUGGGACCGGCCGUGGCUGAGGAACCCUAACUACGGGUUCUAUUGCUGGCCUGAGGAGCUUGAGGUAGCCGCCCCAGCGUCACAACAAGUGUUCUCCAGCGAUAUUCCACCCUCAGAAAUGGAAGAGGGCGAACGUCACAUCCACGAAUUCUUCUCCGAUGAUUCCAACGUUGACAAGCUGGUGUCUUUCUUAACGGUUGAGGAAAAGAAAGGGAAGGACAAGUUCAGUGGAGUACGCUUCUCCAUGUUUAAGUCCCUGUUCGCUCAAUUCGGACCAGUUAUCACGGAGAAGUUCCUCGUCCACGCGCGGCGCUGCGCCGCCGAUUCCCAGGAAGCGCCUCAACGUUUCGCGUCCGAAGUUGCCGCGUCGGCGUUAAGAGCGCCGCGGUAUUGGCGAAGAGAGAAUGCGUUGAGCAUUUAUGAUAGCGUACUUGAAGUAUACAGUGCGGGCCUGACGUCCGUUAUCCCGGAAACAAUGGAAGACUGGGGCACAUCAUUAGCCUCAGGAGUAGUAAAACUAGAGCCAGUCCGGGGCAGCGGCUUUCUGACUAGGCUAUUAGAACUGUGCGCGCCGCCUGCAAGUAGCGCGCAGGAUCCCGAUCAACACACUUCGUUUGUCGUGUGCGCCCGGCUUUACGCUCUACAGGGUGCCCUCGGGUCUCUCCGGUGGCAGACGGCUCUUCUCGGCUUCGAGCUUCUGGCCAGGCUGGAGGCGGCCAACUUCAUGCAACACCCCUACCAGAACGUUCGAGAGAUAGUGGGCAGUUUGCUAAUGACGAUUUUCGACACGGAGUUGUUGUUCGCCGGGGGCGCGCCGCGUUUCGCUGCCUUCCUGGCCUCCGUGCGCCCGCGCUUGGAGCCGCUUUACGACGAAAACGGGGACAUUGUGAUAAAGACAGCAGCGUCCAUGGCGCAAAUGGCGGGCAUGAGCCGCGACGAGCUCGCUCGCUCGCCGGAGCCCGAGCGGCGCGCGCCCCGUGUGGACGUGCCCGUCGCCAGCGCGAGACUGGAGCCGGUCGACGACACUCAGGAAAGUGAGAACGCCAACGAAACAGGAGAGCCCACAGAGAACGUCAGAGGCGAGCGACUGGACAAGAAUCUGUCGACGCAUCUCGACACGGCGCUGCGACUCGGCGGCGACAGCGUGGCGACCGACCUAAGGGACCACGCGAGAGCUAUCAACCUUCUCACUACAGUCCUCCGUGGCUGCAUGGGCAUGAUAGUCCGCGGCGUCCACGGCGCUAUCACAACGCAGUACACUCUAGUAGGCACGGCCUGCGCUCUCGCGGCCCGGGGGCCUUCUGUGCCUCACGAUGAGCUAGCGAGAGCUGCUGAUGGGUUCCUAGCUUCAGUGGCGUUAGCUGCGAACGAUGCGGUGGCGUUUGAACAGGCGUUGACUACUAUAGAGACUGUGGCUGCCGGAAGAUCGUGGUGGGCGCGCCUAGCUUGCUUGGACUUCGCUCAACCGCUGCUGUUCUACGGGCUGCCUCUGCUAUGUGACCAGCCUGAGCUGGCUGUGAGAGCAGAAAACUUCACGCUCAAGCUCAUGAGGGACCCGCGACUUGAGGUGCGGCAAGCGGCCGGCAAAUUACUUACCGGCCUGAUGCACUGUGGAGCCCUGCCAGACGAGGAUAGGACCCUCCGUACACUCACUCGAGCAUGCCGCAAUAAGGCACCUUUAGAGCGCCACGCCGGCGUGCUUGGCUUGUGCGCGUAUCUUGCCUCCCGGCCUUACAGCCUGGGUCCGCAACUGGGCGCGGUGCUGGCGGAGCUGGCGCGGCACACCAUGGCGCCCGACCCCGUGCCCGCCGCCAUCCGCGCCGCGCUCGCAGACUUCCGCCGCACGCACCAGGACGACUGGCCGCGCCACCGCGACCAGCUCACGCAGGAGGAACUCGAUCUGCUAGCCGACCUCACGUCACCGCCUUCCUACUGCGCCUAGCGCUCACACUCGCGGACCGAGUCCAACCACUUGGCAAACAUUGGUGUCGACGGCGGAUGAAAACUUCACGACUCCGCUGUUCAUAUCAGAACAUCGUUACAUUAGGGCGGUUUCGAUCUAGCGUUUUUACUGCCUUGAUAUUGUCGUUUUGACUUUACACAGGGUCGAUCAGCGAGGCGGGCUAGCCCGCGUGCUCGCUAUGCUGAGUCGAGUCAGGACACUUAGUAUGAGCUUCAAUUGUUUGAUAUGCUCACCUGACGAGUCGCGUGACCCGCCCCUCUGCACUGAGAGAAAAACAAAUUUUCAUGUUCGUUCAACAAGUUUUUUGGUUAAAAUAGCGCCUACGUGCUCUUUGGUUCAAACAACAAGUUAGAUUUUGUUAAGUGUAACUAGUACAUUCUACA